GUUGCUCAAUGCUCAUUCUUCCCCUCACUGACUGGCAGCGGGCGCUCCGAACGGGCACCGGGCGCUGAACUAACUGCCUUCAUCUCCACUGCCGACAAACUAGCUGCAGGCAACAUGUGGCACUCAGCCCUCCUGUUAUUUGCUACCAGCUUGUCAUUAAGCAUGGCUAAACCUCACAUCCACCCGCUGUCCACUGAGAUGGUUGACUUCAUUAACAAGAUAAACACUACCUGGAGGGCAGCCCACAACUUUCAUAAUGUUGACUACAGUUAUGUUCAGAAACUGUGCGGAACGUUUCUCAAGGGACCCAAACUUCCCGUCAUGGUUCAGUAUGGCGACGAUGUGAUGCUGCCUAAGAACUUUGACUCCAGGGAGGAGUGGCCCAACUGUCCCACACUGAAGGAGAUCAGAGACCAGGGCUCCUGUGGGUCCUGCUGGGCAUUUGGUGCUGCAGAGGCCAUGUCUGACCGUGUGUGUAUCCACAGCAAUGCCAAGGUCAGCGUCGAGGUCUCUGCAGAGGACCUGCUGACCUGUUGUGAUGGUUGUGGCUUGGGAUGUAACGGUGGCUACCCCUCAGCAGCCUGGGACUUCUGGACCAAAGAGGGACUGGUCUCUGGCGGCCUCUAUAACUCCCACAUUGGUUGCCGUCCCUACACCAUCGCGCCUUGUGAGCACCACGUGAACGGUAGCCGACCUCCCUGCACUGGGGAGGGUGGAGACACACCCAAGUGCGUGUCUAAGUGUGAACCUGGCUACUCACCCAGAUACAUGCAGGACAAGCAUUAUGGUAAAACGUCUUACAGCGUUCUGUCAGAGGAGGAGCAGAUUCAGUUGGAGAUAUACAAGAACGGUCCAGUAGAAGGAGCUUUUACAGUUUAUGCAGACUUUGUUCUGUACAAGAGUGGUGUGUAUCAGCAUGUUUCUGGGUCCAUACUGGGUGGACACGCCAUUAAGAUCCUUGGCUGGGGGGAGGAGGAUGGUGUCCCCUACUGGCUCUGUGCCAACUCCUGGAACACUGACUGGGGUGAUAAUGGAUUCUUUAAAAUCUUGCGUGGCUCAAAUCACUGUGGCAUUGAGUCUGAGGUCGUGGCGGGUGUUCCCAAGUAGAACCAAAGGUUUUGAGUGUCCACUAGAGGGCGAUACACUCCACGUGGCUGCACUAAACACGCCCAGUGUGUUGUUCUAGUUUUUAUUCAUCACGAUUCAACCCCACGGAUCAUGUUUCCUUCUUAACAGUAGCAACAAAAGAUUGAAGAGUGACGAUUUGUAUUUUUAGGUUGAUCUUUGAAAUGUCUGCAACCACUGUAUGUGCCUGAACACAAUGUGUUCUUGAAAUCUUGUAAUGUCUGCGCAGGUUUGAAAGUCAAACAUGUUCAUUUCACUUUGUAAUUGUUUAUGUCUGACUUUUCCAGUCUACAAAUUUGAUAGGCUAACCUCAGUGUCUUGAAUGUGUCAAAUGUUUUAUCAUUACGGCUUUUAUAUUGCCAUUUUAUUGUUCAAUGCCAUGCUAAACUGCUAUUAUGGUGUACACGUUGUAAUUGGUGCUUGCAUGUCAUCAAAUGAGAAUCUGGAUUUCUUUUAUUAUGGAUUAAAUUUAAAAGUUUUAUUUUAAUCACCUGCCUACAGUGAACAAAAUCUUAGCAUAGAACUGUUAAGCUCUGAAUAAAAUUUUGAGUUUUGUACUCAU